CCCAACCGCCCGCAACAACGACCCACACAACCACCCUUAAAACCCGCCCCAGCGAGCGUCCCCGCAUCCGACCACACCGCGCACGCCGCCAUAGAGAACCUCGCCUCGCGCUACGGCCGCGUCUCCCACAUGGGCCUCCUCGACCGCAGCUACCGCGUCUUCCUCAACGCAGAACGCACAGGUGCGCUGGCCUACAAACUCGAGAACCACGUCGCAGUCGUAACUGGUGACCCACUAUGCGACCCGUCACUCUUCGCCUCCGUCAUAUGCGAGUUCGACCGCGCGCGGCGCGCCGCCCACUGGGGACUGGCCUUCAUGGGCUGCAGCGCGGGGUUUCUGUCGCACAUGAAGACGCAAACACAACAUCAGCAGCAACAGCAGUGGACGACAAUGCAGUUCGGUGUCGAGCGGGUCGUCGAUCCCACGACGAACGAGGUGUUAGCCGAGCGAGCAGGCAAGCGCAUCGUCAGCCAGUGCAAGCAGCUGUUGUGUCCUGAAAAAGGCGGGAUCACACUGGGUGUGUACUCGCGGACGGCGGAGGGCGAGCGAGACGAAGCCCUGGAAGCACAGCUGCAAGGGAUCUACGACGCAUGGCGAGCGGGGCGGAACGAGCCGGCCGCGACGACAAAGACGCCGCAGGCGUUUAUCACGGUUUACGAGCUGUUCGACUACGCGCGGCUGAUGACGUUCGUGUACACGCGGGGGGCGGACGGAGCCGUGAACGGGUUCGCAGCGCUGCGGUGGAUAGGGGCCUGCGGGGGGUACCAUGUGGACCCCUGUAUAGCGGGGGAUGGGGCAGCGAAGGGAACCAGUGAUCUUCUGCUGUUUGCGGCGAUGGCGCUGGCAAGGCAGAUGGGUGUCUCGUACUUGAGUUUGGGAUACGAGCCGAUGGGGGAGCUGGGCGAGGUGAGUGGGAUGGGGACGUCACUGGAAAAGAUGACGCGGUCUGUGUAUGCGCAUAGUGUGCGCGGGUUGCCGGUGGGCGGCAAGAAGGCUUAUCACGAUAAGUUCCGGCCCGAUGCGAGUCGCGACUCGGCGCUGUAUUUGAUUUUUCCCUCCGGGUUGCCGGGGGUCAGGCGGAUGGUGGCGAUGGCGCAUAUGGCCAAUAUUAGUGUGCGGCAGUUGGCGUAUACGCAGUCCAAGUCGAAGUUG